GGGAAGUGUAUUAACCAGCGUAGCGCUUUCGCUCCAGCGUCCAGGUUACCGCGUGCAUUCCCGUGGCUGUGCCUUUACUUCCCUGAAAGGACUGCAUUUCUUGUGACAUUGUUACUAACAGCCUGAAAACUGUUGGUAUUCCAGAAAUUAUCUACACUACCAGGCACAGUUCUGCCUACCAGGAUUCUCCAUAUCUCAGGAAUCUGUACAUUUGCGGAAGUAAUAAGAAAAAAUGACCACAUUUAAGGAGGCUGUGACAUUCAAGGAUGUGGCCGUGAUCUUCACUGUGGAGGAGCUGGAGCUGCUGGACCCGUCCCAGAGGAUGCUAUACCGAGAUGUGAUGCUGGAGAACUUCCGGAACCUGAUCUCAGUGGGAGGCAAGAUCCAAUAUGAGAUGGAGACUGUUCCAGAAGCAGAACCACAUGAAGAGCUUUCCUGCUGGUAUAUUUGGCAAAAAAUUGCAAGUGACAUAAUCAGGAGGCAAGACUCCAUGAUAAGGAGUUCUCAGUUCCCCAGACAGUUUGAUUCAACCAGCCAACUUGGGGCAGGACUGCCUAUAAUUCACACAGGCCAGAAAACUUACCCAGAAAAUGAGUGUAAAAUAUUUUUUGGUGAUAUCUCCAACUUUAAUCUUCAUCGACGGUCAGGAGCAAAGUCUCAUACAUGUGGUGAGUGUGGAAAAAGCUUCUACCAUAGCUCGGCACUCCAUAUUCAUCAGAGAGUUCACUUGGGAGAGAAGUGCUACAAGUGUGGUAAGUGUGGUAAAGAAUUCAGUCAUAGCUCACGCCUGCAAACUCAUCAGAAAGUCCACACCAUAGAGAAACCAUUUAAAUGUGAGCAGUGUGGGAAAGGCUUCAGUCGUAGAGCAACACUUAUUGACCACUGCAAAUUACACUCAGGAGAGAAACCUUAUAAGUGUGAGGAAUGUGGGAGGGCCUUCAUUCAUGCUCAUCAUCUUCACAACCAUCAGAGAGUCCACACUGGAGAGAAACCAUUCAAAUGUGAUAUAUGUGGGAAGAACUUCCGUCGUAGGUCGGCACUUAAUAGUCAUUGUGUGGUCCACACGGGGGAGAAACCGUACAAAUGUGAGGAAUGUGGGAAGUGCUUUGGCUGGAAUUCACAUCUUCAUAUCCAUAAGAGCAUCCACAUGGGACAGAAACUAUACAAAUGUGAGGAGUGUGGAAAGAGCUUCUAUUCUAAAGCAGAUCUUUAUUACCAUCAGAGGAUCCACACAGGAGAGAAACCCUAUGAUUGUAAGGAAUGUGGGAAGAGCUACAGGUGGGCUUCACAUCUUUUGGCCCAUCAGCGAGUCCACAGUGGAGAAAAACCAUUCAAAUGUGAAGAGUGUGGGAAGAGAUUUGGUCGGAAAUCAUACCUGCAAGCUCAUCAAAAGGUCCACACCAGAGAAAAGCCGUACAAAUGUGAGACAUGCGGGAAAGGCUACAAGACAAGCUUGGAUCUUGUUGUGCACCAGAGCAUCCACACAGGAGAGAAACCGUAUACAUGUUGGGUGUGUGGAAAGCACCUAAGUAGGGCCUCACAUCUUAAACUUCAUCAGAGAGUCCAUACUGGAGAGAAACCAUAUAAGUGUGACGUGUGUGGUAAGCUGUUCAGUCAGUUUGCACAUGUACAAUCUCACCAGAGAGUUCAUACAAGGGAGAAACCUUACAAGUGUGAGAUAUGUGGUAAGCACUUCAGGUCAAGUUCAUAUUUUAAACUUCAUUACAGAAGCCAUAUUAAUGAGAAAUUUCAUACAUUCUCAGAGGGAAAAAAAUAAUUUGUUUAAUUAAAGUGAAUGUUUCAGCCAUAGCUCAACAUCCCGGUGCUUCUGAAACCACACAAGUGGUGCAGUAAGGGUAUGAGGACAGGGAGCUUGUUUGCUGCAGAACCUACAUAACCUGAACAUUGAUUAGCACAUGUACUCAGUAUGUGUUUGUGAAAUCAGAAGGAGAAAAUAUAUACUAUAUAAAGCUUACGUGGAAGAGGAAGCCUGCAAAAAUAAACAAUUCAAAGAAACGAGUCGAAAUGCAGAAGUACACUGGGUACUAGAUCCCACCGCAUUAUUUUGGUGGUAUCCUUGCAGUUGACUCUCGCCCUACCCUCUGGCUCUGUUCUGAGAUUGGGUUCUCUCUUUUUUUUGUGUGUGUGUCGGGGGGGGGCUGUUCUUAUUAUUUGGAUUUCUCUUUGGUGUCUCAUUGGUGUAUAUAUAGUAUAAAUUCAUGUAUCUCACUUUUGAUUUUUUGCACAGUGCAGUUUUAACGGUAAUAACUGUCUACUGCACAUACCACAAUAGAAAUUUUUCAGCAGUGUUAAGGGAAGUGUGCAAAGUAACCCAUUCAAAGUGUCAGAUUUAGUACUAGUGACAAAAGUUUUCUUAAUCUUGAAUUGAUUGAAUUUUAAAUUUCUGUAUUUCCAUAUAGGCUUUGAUAUGACUGCUUUUUAAUUGUAGCAUAUCUUUUGUCAAACAUCUUUGCUAGAGGCUUUGGCAAAUUUGAAGGACAUUUAAUUUCUCAACUUCCUAUAUUCUUCCCUUAUUCCCAUGAAGUAAAUACCAGAACUUGUUGGGACUUGGUAAUUUCCAAUGUAUUUAAUAGUGGUGGAGGAAUAACAUUUACAUGCUUUCCUUUUUUGGUAAAAAUAUAUCUUUCGAAAAUCAGAUAUAACAUUGUGUAAGGCAUGACUCUCUGAUUUGGAAAUCAUAGUAUAAGAAUGUAAGGUUAUGGAAAAGGGACUACCACAUCAAUAAUGCCAUACGAUUUUUAGAAAAGAAAUAACAACUGUUCAUCAAUAGGAAUUUAAAUUAUAUAUUUCCAUAAUAAUGAAUUAAAGCGAUGGCAAGGACAUGUAAUUACAGGAGAAGAACAUAAUAUGGGCUUUGUGAAAUCAGACUGUGGCCUUUGUAAAAUUAAAUCCAUAAAUUUGCAUGUGUGUGUAUGUAUAUAUGUGGAAAGGGACACUCUUAGUAAUCUCUGUCAGAUUAUUUGGUGGUAUUUACAUUUUAUAAUUUCAUUAAUUAUGUGUUUAAAUUUCUCAGUGAGCACCAAUUUGAUCAUACUGGUAAAUUGUGUACAAUGGAAUUUGAAAAGUGACUAAUAUGAAUCCUUUACAGGUAAGGAUUCCUAAUGAUUGUACUAUAUUAUCAUACGACAUAUAAAAUCAAAAUUAAGGAAUAGGAUUCAGUCAAUACUCAAAAACCUUUAUGGUUAUUUGAGUAGACAGAUAAAUUAAUGAGUGUGAUCAACUAUCUUUGCAGUUAAUGCGUGUGAUACAUCUUUAAGCAUAAGCCAAGGAGUGGGCAAAUACUGGAGAUAGAAAUAAAGUGGGGAUACACAUGUUAGGGCAGUUUAAAGAUUCUUGGGAGAAAAGGUGUGCAUGGAUAGGAAACAGCAUGAUAAUGGAGCCUCCAAAGAGAGAGCAGCUUUAGAUGCCAUUUCCUACUUCUUACACCAUCGUGAUAUUUUAAGUGUAUUAGGCUAAAAGGCUUUACUUAGCAAAGUAAUAGAGGUAAUUUUAUUUUUGUAAUUUUCUAGACUUUGCAUUCACAGAAUUUUAUGUACUUACUAAGAUCCAUGCUAUCAAUUUGCAUAGUGGUUUGGGAGUCCCUAAGGUUACCUUCAGGUUCUCUGGUUUCCUCUCAUGACUCAGUGUAGUUGGACUUAGGACCAUGUUACAGUGAAAGGAUAUGAAGCAAAAUCAGUGAAGGGAAAAGGCACAUUGAAGAUGUCUGGAGGAAAUCAGGUGUAAGCUUCCAAGAGUCCUCUCUCCAUGGUAUUACAUGGGACUCAAUUCCUCUAGCACUUAAUUUUGGCCACAUGUGAAAUGUCUACAACAGGGCCUCAUUGUAGGCCCUGUAAGUACUUGGAGACCAGUACUUAUUGGGGGCUGGUCAUGUAAGCAUCAUCUGGUCAGCAUGUACCAAAAUCCCAGGCUUCAAUAAGGAAAGCGGGUGUGAGGAAUAAACGACAGUGCACAGCUCUGAACAGUUACGGAAUGGUGGAAACUCAAAAUCCGUGUUUCCUGUCACCAGCCAAAGUCCAACUUGCAGGCCUUUCUAAGGAUCACAGUCAGGACUGCUUUACUAACUUUCCUGCACAUAUGGCAUCAAAUCUAGGGCCUGUAGUCUUUUCUCUUUUAAACUCAUCAAAUGCCAGAGUAAGUUUUCUCCAAGGUAAUUAUUUCUAACAAACCUCACCAGAUUAAACAAAAGUACUUCUAAAACUGAAGUUUGUAGGUAGGAUUCCUCAAGGUGGGCAUGAGAUAACACCUGGGACUAGCUGGUUUGUGUUCUUGUAGCCCAGAGUGCAUGAAGGCUAGUGCAUGAAUGUAUUAUAUUGAAUUCAAUGGUUAAUUCCCAGCUCUAGUUUCCUGAGCCUUUGUGGGACCAUUGAGUUCAAGCUCCCACUUUUCACUGUGGGUUUCACUUUCUUUUUUGGGGGCGGGGUGCACCUGGGGAUUUCCCUUUCUUUAACUUUGAACAUGACUACAUUUAAUAGGGGUUGUUAGAGAACAUCCUAUCUCUAAAAAAGAGAAGCUUCCCAAGUUAUUAAAGUCUAACCAUAUUGAUAGGUUAUUCAUUUAAAGAGUUGAGUCUAAUAUAUCCUGUUUCUUUGACAUUAAUUUUAAAGUAAUUCUCAAAACAUGUCUUCAUCUACAGAUGAUAUUUUGUUACAUGCAUAUCAAUACAAAUAUUUCUUGGAAGGUUUUAAAAAUUAAUUUCAUUGAAAAUAAAUUGUAUCAGUACAGGAAAGUCCAAAGGAGAGUGUGGAAAGUAGUAGGGAGACUUGCUAUUAAUAUUUUGGUGAGCAUGCUUCAGUAUAUGCAUUUAAGUAAUAGUCACAGAAUUUUACAAACUAGGAACAUGAUUCAUACUAUUUUCUAAUUAUAGUUAGUGUUUCACUCAUUGAAACAGUUGUUGAAGGUCACCUGCACAGUAUUUCCUUAACCAGUUUCUUACUGAUGAAGAUAAGUGGGAUAGUCAAUUUAAUGUGGCAACUUGCCUAGACUCCAGUUCUUUUGUAUUCGAUUAUGUGCAAACCUAGGUGUUGAGAAGGUUUUGUAGAGGUGAUUAAAGUCCAUAAUCCUUUGAGAAAGGGGUAAUAUAUAAUCUCAGUUGGCCUGAUUCAGUCAGUUGAAAGUCCUUAAGAGCAGAGCUGAAACUUCCCUGAAAGGUAAUACCAUUCCAUGUUUCCAUUUUGGCCCUUCUAAUGGUGUCUCCUAGGGAUUUUCACUUGCCAAGCCAGCCCCACAAUCUUGUAAGGCAGUUCCUUGCAAUAAAUCUCUGUAUUCUCUCCUGAUUAUUCUGUUCCUUUGAAGCCUUACCAAAAAAGAUUUUUGUUCCGAGGGUGGUUCUAGCGGAACAGAAAUUUAAGGGGGAGUUUCCUGAAUGUGUGUUCUGGAAUUGGUUCUCUAAUCAUUAUAUUUAAAGGCACUAAUGAUUUUGUUUCCCAUGGAAAAUAGAGCAUUGGUAGUCAUUAGCAUGACAAAAAUACGCAAAAUACCACAUUUGCUGCUAUUAGUGAAGUAAUCACUGAAGGCAAGGUACUGGAUGAUCAUGAGGUAUUUAGAACAUACUGGUCAAACUAAGGAGUAUAAUGGGAUUUUCUGAUUGCUUCUAACUGUGCUGGAGAAAGUGGGAAUGAGAAAGAUGCGCUCGUGAUCUCAAAUUCCAGCUCAACCUGAAAGCUUCAAGUCAUUAUGCAUUGGCUUCUUGACCUUUCCUGUUGAUCUUGGAGUAUCACUAGUAAGUAAGUAGAUGGCAAGUCUACUAAAUCAUUUUUUUGAUUUUUUAGGUGACAGAGUUCUAGGACAAAUGAACAAAUGUCUAAUUUGAAUCACCAAAAACAGAGUCCCAGACCCUAAAUCAAUUAUAAAAUGUGGCCAGUUUACAAACCCAGAAUCCCUUGGAUGAAGGGGAGACAAAGUCCUCUUGACAGUGGAACCUGCCAUCAUGCAAAUAUGUGUGCUAUUAAUCUUUUCCCCCAAGGGUCAUAUGGCUAUGUACCAAUGUGGUUGUGUACUGAAAUGGAGAAAUAAACUUUUUUGCAGU